AUGCCCGGCUUAGCGCCGGACUUGGCGGGAAUGGCGGACAUGGCUCCCUUGCUAAGCGUCAAUCCGUACGGCUCCAUGAGCGGUUGCAUUCGCCUCCGGACUCCCGAGCCCGUGCCGUACGAUCACGAGGAAAGAAGCGAAGGCAACAGCCAAGGCAUGCGCAUUUUUCCCCGUGACGUGCCCCUUGUUUCUCGCGCUGAGUGCUCCGAGGGUGCUUCCUGCAGCGAGGACGCUCCCCGGGAGAGAGCCGCGCACAAGGAGGAUCGCGUCGCUGUCGCCGGCUUCGACGUGCGAUUCUUCGAGGUCGUCUGCGACAUGCUCGUCUUGGCGCCUGCGUGCGACGCCGACGCGCCCGGGCGUGACGUUGUGGCGAGCCACGAAGCUGCCGCGUGUAAUGAUACGGCUGCUACUGCUGUCGCGUGCGCUGCCGAUGGGAGCGAUUCGAUCCUGCGCGCGCGUAUCGACGAGCAGGAGGCGCAGAUGGCGCAGCUGGAGGAGGAGAAUCACUCCCUACGAGACGUAUGUGCCAUGCACGCUUACCAACGCUGCACCGCCCCACACCCUCCUCUCUUCCACUCUUUCGACCCGCUCUCCUCUCCCCUUACCUCCCCCUCGCGCACUUUCGUGUUCCCCUUCCCUGCUGCUCAUUAUUUUUGUCAUCCGCUCGUCCUUGCCUUUCUUUCUGUUGAUAGGGCCUUCGCUUUCUCCUUUUUUUUGAUCGACGCUGGGGUGGGCGCGCUUUGCGUCUUGGCUCUUCACAUCGGAUUGCCGCUGCCUCUCGUAGCCUCUCGCCCCGUCCGCCUCGUGCCGCAUCUGCCGCCUCCACCCGCCUUGUUUUCCCGCGUCGUGGCGAACGCGUCGCAGCGAGGAAGAGGUUUUGGUUCUUGUGACACGAGCGCGACGGAUAUCUAG